UAUAUAAUCCAUGUCAAUCCUUACUCCAUAAAUAAUAUAUAAUAGUCAUACAACCACGCAUUGUACUACAUCUUUUUCUUCUGUAAUUUGUCAAAUAAAUUAAAAUUUUAAAUGUCUAGAGAUCCACAAUGAUGACUCCAAAAGAUCGAAACAUGGUUGAAAAAAACUCUGAUGUAGAGACGAAUAACAAUGAAGUGGUCUUCAUCUCUACUCCGGCAAUAGGAAUGCUAACCCCAACUGUCGAAUUUGCUCGCCGCCUAGUAGAUCACCAUCCUAGCCGCCUCUCCGCUACCAUCCUCCUCAUCCCUGUCCCACAGUGGCCAACAAUCAACGCCUACACACAAUCCCUCCUCUCCAACUCAUCAUCAUCUUCCUCCCCCAAUCUCCGCUUCUUCCUCCUUCCCACCAUGGACCCUCCCUCACCUAAUCACUUCCACUCUUACGUAGCCCACAUAUCAUCCCUCAUAGAAAAUUAUAAACUCAAUGUUAAAAAUGCCAUUUCCAGCCUCCGCCUUAGUCAACCUUUCAACUCCAAUCAACAACGACGAAUCAUCGGAUUGGUUGUUGACAUGUUUUGUACGCCUAUGAUCGACGUGGCAGUUGAGCUUGGAAUUCCCUCUUACCUUUUCUUUGCUUCACCGGCAAGUUUUCUCAGCUUUAUGUUGGAGGUGCCGAUUCUUGACUCGCAACUCAAUUCUGAAUCGCUUACUGAGUUUAGAGUUCCGGGUUUUGCUAAUCCAGUGCCUCGAUCGAUUCUUCCCACGACAGUAUUAAAGCGAGGUGAUGGGUAUGCAUGGUAUAUUUAUCAUGGUCAAAGGUACACCCAAACAAAAGGUAUAAUUGUAAAUACAUUCACAGAGUUAGAGACCUUUGUAUUGGAUUCAUUGUCCGAAAGAAAUGUGCCUAAGGUGUACUCUAUUGGGCCCAUAAUAGAUUACAAUGGGCCAGAGCAGUGGCAUCCAGAUAAAGCCCAACAGAAGAACGUGAUGAAAUGGCUCGAUGAUAAGCCUGUGUCGUCCGUGGUGUUCCUAUGCUUUGGAAGCAUGGGAAGCCUUAAUGGGCCUCAAGUGAGAGAGAUAGCUAUUGGGCUCGAGCGGAUCGGGUGUCGGUUCUUAUGGUCAUUACGCAAGGCUCCUAAUGCUAAGUUGGGUCUCCCGAAUGAAUAUGUUAAUUUUGAUGACGUGUUACCAAGUGGUUUUUUGGAUCGUACGGUUGGGUUAGGAAAAGUGUGUGGGUGGGUCCCGCAAGUGACGAUUCUUGGUCAUCCGGCGAUUGGAGGGUUCGUGUCGCAUUGUGGUUGGAAUUCAAUUCUAGAAAGCUUGUGGCAUGGUGUACCGAUUGCCACGUGGCCAGUGUAUGCUGAGCAACAGAUGAAUGCAUUUGAGAUGGUGAAAGAAUUGGGAUUAGCAAUAGAUAUUAGGUUGGAUUAUAGGGAGGGUAGUGAUUUAGUAAUGGCAGAGGAGGUACAAAGAGCAAUUGAGAGGUUAAUGGCAAGUGAUUGUGAGGUUAGAGAGAGAGUAAAAUGUAUGAAACAAAAGUGUAGGAUGGCUUUGUUUGAAAAUGGAUCGUCGUAUAAGUCACUAGGUGUCCUCGUUGAGAAAUUGAUAAGUAAUUAUUAGAGGCUGGAGCUCUCUUAGCAACGUACACAGAUAGUCCCCUCUCUUAUUUUCAAGCUAGAAUAACCAAAAAUUCUAUAAUGCACUCUUUUAAUAUACACUACUAUCUGUUUCUAUAUUUGAGAAAUUUUUUUAGUUUAAUUUUUUUUUAUGACGGUGUACAUUAUAAUUAUUUAAGUCAAUUUAUAAAAUUUAGGAGAAUUCAGAAAAUUUUAACAUGCUAAAAAUAAAA